AUGGCGCCGCCGGACGAGUACAAGCAGUACGCCGCCCACCCCGACUCGCACGCCGACCCCGAGCAGCAAGCCCUCCUCCCCGGCCCCGGCCCCGGCCCCGACAUCCCGCCCCCGCCCGCCCCGCGCCAGCGGCCCAAGUCUGCGUACGCCUACCCCGCCCUCGCCUUCGUCGCCGGCGCCCUCGCCUGCCUCGCCGCGCAGCUCCUCUUCUGCGCGUCCGGCUGCUUCUCGCGCUCGUCUCCUGCCCCCUCCGCGUACCCCACCGACGCACACGUCCUCGCCCCGCCGUACGCGGGCUCGACGCAGGUGCACCGCUUCCCGCCCGCCUCGCCCUCCAACGCCGCGCCCUCGCUCUUCCCCACCAGCGUCGGGUUCGCCGGCAUCACCCCCACCGGCGCCGAGCCCGCGCUCGUCGCCACCGCCCCGUCCUACCCCGUCCACACGGGCGCGCCGCAGCUCGUCGCGCCCUCGCCCACGAAGCUGCGCAAUGGCACGUCGGCCGAGCGCUUCGAUCUGUUCAAGCUGUGGGGGAACUUGUCGCCGUGGUAUAGCGUGGGCCGCGGCGCGUUUGGCGUGGAUGCAGGCCCCGAGCCGCCGGAGACGUGUCGUGUGACGGGGCUGCAUUUCCUCCACAGGCACGGGGCGCGCUACCCGACUUCCUUCGCUUCGUAUGGUGGGCCCGCGAAUUUCUCUGGCCGUCUGCACGAGGCUGCCGCCGGCUGGAACGGCACGGGCGAUCUCGAGUUCAUGAACGAGUGGACGUACAAACUCGGGGAAGAAGUCCUGACACCAUUCGGCCGCCAGCAGCUCUUCGACCUCGGAGUCUCCCUCCGCCUCAAGUACGGCUUCCUCCUCGAGAACUUCACCGCGGCCAACGCCAUCCCCGUCUUCCGCACCGAGUCCCAGGACCGCAUGCUCGCGAGCGCGCUCAACUUCGCCGUCGGCUUCUUCGGGUACCCGUUCGAGGGGCAGUACCAGCAGAGCAUCACCAUCGAGGCCGACGGUUUCAACAACACCCUCGCGCCGUACAAGACCUGCCCGAACGCGCGCAUCGCCGCCAAAUCCGACCGCGCCAUCCCGUACGUGCGCGAGUGGGCGGGCAUAUACCUGUCCGACGCGCUCGCGCGCCUCCAGCCGCAGCUGAAGGGGUACCAGCUGACGGUCGAGGACGUGUACACGCUGCAGCAGAUGUGCGCAUACGAGACAGUCGCGAUUGGGUACUCCAAGUUCUGCGAGCUGUUCACGGAGGAGGAGUGGGAGGGCUUCAACUACGCCAUGGAUCUGUAUUUCUGGUACGACUCGGCCUUCGGCUCGCCCGUCGCAAAGGUCCAGGGGAUCGGGUACGUCCAGGAGCUCGUCGCGCGGCUCACGCACACGCCCAUCCCCACGCACAACUCGUCCACCAACGCGACGCUCGACGACGACCCGCUCAUGUUCCCGCUCGGCCAGAGCCUGUACGUCGACGCAACGCACGAGGUCGUCGUGCUCAACGUGAUCACCGCGCUGAAUUUGACGAGCUUUGCGCGGGACGGGCCCCUCCCUGCUGAUCAUAUCCCGCCCAAUAGAAGCUUCAGAGUGUCCCAGCUCGCGCCGUUCGCAACGAACGUCCAGUUCCAGCUCCUCUCGUGCGCGUCCACGCCCGGCCCGCAGAUCCGCGUCAUCAUCAACGAUGGCGUCGUCCCGCUCACAGGUAUCCGCGGCUGCCCGGCAGACAAGGACGGGAUGUGCCCCGUCGACGCGUUCGUCGCCGCGCAGAAGGAGAUCAUUGGGCAGACGGACUGGGAAUGGGGGUGCCAUGGCACGUGGGAGGUACCCGCGGGCCCGGCUUGGAAUACGACCACGGGGGAGCCGCCGAGGAGAGGGGAGGUGGUCGGGUGAUUGGUCUCAAUUUAUGUGGGCUGUAGUUUCGAUCCCGGACAUUAAUAUAAUUCAAUGCCCCCCC